GAAAACAUUUUCCUGGUUCCUGGCACAGAAAGCAAGAAUAGCUGACUGUUGAGUUUGCUGCUGCUCACGUGGCUUUGUGCUCUCCUCUGAAAGAAGGGGCCAAUCCAGGAACCCCAAGAAGAGAAAUGGUGGAAUCUGUUCCUCUGCAUUUAAAAUUUCAUCUCUGCUUAUCAGAGACUGUGGAAUGUUCAGCUGUUGAGAAACGAUUUCUGAAUCAGAGUGGAGACUGGGGAACAAAAACAAAUUGAAAAUUAAUUAUUUUUGUUACAAUGUGCAACAAUCUUCUUAGCAAACUGCAGGUUCGUCAUGGGGAGCUUGUGCUCCAACUCUGCGGAUGUCAGCUCUUGCCACCCUGUAUUCAGUGGCGGAGUACUGUGCACCAGUAUGGAGCCGAUUGUCACACACCAAAGUGGUGGAUACACAGUUACAUGCUGCCAUGCAUAUCAUCUCCAGCAACCUGCAUCCGACUCCACUCCCAUGGCUCCCAGUUCUGAGCAAUAUUGCUGCUCCUCAUAUCAGACAAGAGAUUGCCACUGGCAAGUGACUGGAGAAAGUACACGCCAACUCAAGCCUGCCGCUGCACAAUUACCUUUUUAAACCACCAGCUGUAUGUUUGCUGUCACGUCAGCCAUUAUGGUUUCAUCCGCCAUGCCAGGAUGUUAGGGCAGAAACACUCUGGUGAGAGGAAUCCCCAACCGGUCCCUCGUCGCCGACCCCACAAUUUGUCUGGCUGUGGAACAGGUUCUGGACUGGGCCAGGUCUCUUUGCAGCCAACCAGUAUCGCUGGAGCCUUUGUGACAGCCCUUUGUGCAGCUGUGGCACAACACAGACGAUGACGCACGUUGUCGAUGAAUGCCUGCUGACUAGGUUCAGCGGUGGCCUAGAAGAACUUCAUCAUGCCACUGAAGAUACUAGACUACUAUGAACAUGCUAAAUAAAAAUUUAAAUAAAUAUGCUGUUUCUAGCUCUAUUGGCUGUGAAGAAAAGCUUGGAAAUGUGAUGCAAGAGCAGCAGUUGGAGUGGUGUUUGCAGAGACCGAGGAAAAAAAAUAGCUUUGAGGGGUGUGAACAGCCAGGUCUGUGAAUUGUUGAUUCUGAAACCUGCUUUGCUGGAGAAUUCCUGCCAGAAGUCUCUGAGCGUGGCAGGAGGAGAGAAAUGCGCAGCAUUCCCUGGCCUAGAGUGCUACCCCUGGUCCCUGCACCCACGCUCCCAGGCAGAUAUAUCCAGGCUGGUGGGAUGUUGAACCAAAGAAAACCAAACACUAAGCAGAUUUGGCAAGUAUGGAUCUUCUAUAUGGUCAUAAGUGCAAAUCGCUCUGAAGAGAAAGCUACGACGCAGGUGUGUCCUUCAUGUGAUGCCACACAUUUCUGUGACUGUUCUUCAAUGGAUUUGAGCACCAUUCCUUCAGGACUAACAACUGAUGUCACGGGGCUAAAUCUGUCCUACAACAGCAUAGAACAUGUCAGAGAAAAUGAUCUGAAGCUGGGUGUGAAUCUGAGAGUGCUGCUGUUACAAUCCAAUCAAGUUAGGACAAUAGAUAAGGAUUCAUUUAUUUUCCUUGGAAAAUUGGAACAUUUGGAUUUGUCAAAUAAUAAGUUGACUCACUUGUCACCCAUUUGGUUUAGACAUCUUUUUUCCUUACAGCAACUAAACAUACAGGGUAAUUUAUAUAUAACACUGGGGGAGAAUCCCUUGUUUUCUAAUCUCAAAAAUUUGAGAUAUCUGCACCUGGGGAAUAACAAUUCCUUCUCUGCUAUACAGAAGCAAGACUUUGAUGGCAUUGUAGUUCUUGAGCAACUUGAGAUUGAUGGUCAAAGGCUCAGGAAAUACGAGUCAGGGAGUUUGGCAACAGUUAACAGCAUAAAUCAUAUCAUCAUAAACAUAAAUGAUGUUCAGGUGUUAUCGGUGAUAUUGGAGGAUCUUAUAAAUUCUGCAAUAUGUAUAGAACUGAGAAAUAUAGCCUUCAAUACAGCUAAUGAAUCUUCAUUACUCGAGCCAAUGAGUCAUUCUAUCAUGAGGAAACUUGUGUUAAAAAAUGUUUUGUUUACAGAUGAAAGUGUUAUCAGAGUAUUAAACAUCUUGGUGCAAGCUAAACAAUUUUUGGAGCUGCAAGUGGACGAUUCUGUACUACGGGGAACUGGAAAAUGGCAUGGGCAAAUUGAAGUAAACAGAGAAAGUGCCAUUGAAGUAAUCACAGUACAGAAAUUAGCUAUAGAGCAAUUUUAUUUGUUUUCAGAUCUUCAUGGUGUGGAAAAUCUUCUAGGUAACAUUACCAAAACCACAGUUGUAAAUACCAAUGUGUUCUUGGUGCCUUGCAGCAUUUCAAGACAUUUUUCCUCACUCCUUUAUCUUGAUCUCAGUGAAAAUUUGCUUGCAGAUCCAAAUUUGGAACAUUCAUCCUGUAAGGGUGCAUGGCCCUUGCUGCAAACUUUCAAUUUAAGUCAAAAUACAUUGGGUGAUUUAGAAAUGACGGGGCGAAGUCUAUCUCAUCUAAAACACCUUACUCACCUAGAUAUUAGCCGAAACAAUUUUGGUGAGAUUCCGGAAUUAUGUCAAUGGCCAGAAAACCUGAAAUAUUUAAAUAUCUCAGGCACUCAAAUACCCAAAUUAACAACGUGCAUUCCUCAAACUCUUGAAGUUUUGGAUGUUAGUAGUAAUAUUCUCAAUGAUUUUAGAUUAAAGCUGCCACAUCUUAAAGAGCUCUACAUUGCAAAAAACAAAUUAAAGACCUUGCCAGAUGCUCCAUUUAUUCCUAACUUAGUAGCCCUGAGAAUCAGCAGAAACAAAUUAACCAGUUUCUUUAAGGAAGAAUUUGGAUCAUUUAGGAAAAUGGAGACACUGGAUGCAGGUGACAAUAAUUUCAUCUGCUCUUGUGAAUUUCUCUCCUUCAUUCAAUAUCAGGAGGGAAUAGCUAAUGUCUUGGCUAACUGGCCAGAGAACUACAUCUGUGACUCUCCGUCUUCUGUGAGAGGACAGCAGGUAAAAGCUGCUCAACUUUCGCUGUUUGAAUGUCACAGAACUUUGGCCGUGUCCCUAAUUUGCAUUCUGGUGGUCUUGAUAAUCCUGUUUAUUGUGAUCCUGGGCUACAAACUUCAUGUGAUCUGGUACAUGAAAAUGACCUGGGCUUGGCUUCAAGCUAAAAGGAAACCCAGGAAAUCACAUAAUCACGACUUCUGCUAUGAUGCUUUUGUUUCCUACAGUGAAAGAGACUCAGAAUGGGUUGAAAACUUAAUGGUACAGGAACUUGAGAAUGCUAUCCCCCCAUUUAAACUGUGCCUUCAUAAACGGGACUUUGUGCCUGGGAAGUGGAUCGUUGACAACAUCAUUGACUCCAUUGAAAAAAGUCAUAAAACUCUGUUUGUGCUGUCAGAGCACUUUGUGCAGAGCGAGUGGUGCAAGUAUGAGCUGGAGUUCUCGCACUUUCGUCUCUUUGAUGAGCAUAAUGAUGCAGCAAUUUUGAUCCUUUUGGAGCCCAUUGAGGAGCAAACAAUUCCCAAAAGAUUCUGUAAACUGAGGAAAAUAAUGAACACAAAGACCUACCUUGAAUGGCCUCUUGACGAAAAUCAGCAACAAAUAUUUUGGAAUAACUUGAAAACAGCAUUAAAAUCCUAUGAUGUCAUUUUAGGCUGAACUACUAACUCAGCCACACUAUGUUUCCAAGCAGGACAUUUAUGAAGCCUUUUUCCUGUUAAGAAACAUUUUGUUAUGCUGACUUUUAUUUCAGUGUUGUGGAGGCUUGACUUGACUGCACACUAAACUAAUUUAAGCUUUGCUAAAUGAAGGAUACCAGCUGAGAACAUCCAACUGUUUUAGAGAUUCUUUGGUUUUCUGACUUUUCUGUUAAUAAGUACCCAAGCAUCCCUGUCUGUGAAAAUGCUUUUGGGAAGAAAUUCUACUGAAGCUGGUGUGUUUCUGUAGUUUCUUUUUAACCAUUCCAAAACAAAUGCAGUUACAGUGCUCUGUCUCUCUCUCUCUCGAAAAAAAGAGAGCCAACAUGCUGAAACAUACCACAGGAUCCAUUGAUUACAUCGUCUUAUUUGUUUUAGAUACCAUCAGACUAUUUAGAGUCAUUCAAGAAAAAUGCAGUGGAAAAGUAGAAAUUGCCCAGUUAGAUAAAAAUAAGAUCUCUGAAGCCAGAUCCUCCCACAGGUAAUACCUUUCAAAGAGAAUAGAUUAAAUAUGUAACUCCAGGGGAAUCAGUGGAUUUACACCAGGAUUUUUUAUGGCCCAGUGUAGCAAGGCGGUGUGGCUCCCCUCCUCCCCAGGGAGGGUCGAGCCCCGUCAGACACCUAAAGGGGCGGGGCCACUGGGUGGUAGUCCCGCCCCUCAGAGGGUCAGGAGGCGACCCGGAAGUAUAAAAGCCGGCCCUCAGCCCUCAGUUGGAGCCCUGCCGCCGUUGGGAGCGGACCUGCUAGAGGGUGCUCCUGACUGGGAAGCUUCAGAGGCCCAGGGCCGUUGCCCGAUUGGCCAGACCUCCCCGCUAUGCCGAGGAGCUGCCGGAGCUGCCCCGUGCCCGCUACGACGAGGGGCUGCCAGGGCUGCCUCGUCCCUGCUACUACCCUGAGGAACCCCUGGACCAGGCCUGGCCGGACUUUCCAGAGGUACUACCGGAUCUGCUGCCCAGCCCUGGCUGGGAGGAGCCCAUGCUACUAAGCUUCCAGGGAAUGAUCAGGUAGGACCCGAAGGGGAGAUAGGAAGCAACCCGGGGGCAGCUGACCCCAGUCAGACUGCAAGUAUGCCGGAACCCAUGUCAGUGUGUUUCGGCCAGG